CUUCCUUUCUUACUCAUAAAAUCUGCGAAACAGGUAUCUAAAAGUAAGCAGAAUGAAAACCUCAUCAAGAUGCUACUUAGAGCUGGUGCAGAUGUUAAUGCUACAGAUGAUUCAGGACGGACUGCCCUCCACUAUGCUUGUGAAAUGAAGAACCAGUCCAUCAUUCCAUUACUAGCUGAAGCGGGUGCUGACCUUUCCAUAAAGGACAAGGAUGAAGAGACUCCAUUGGACAUAGCAAGAAGAUUAAAGUUCCUCAACAUAGAACACACAUUAAAAAAGGACUCCUAGAUCAUUACACUGCAGACCUUGUUGGAAAAGCUCCAACCUGUGGGGUCAAUACAUUGUGGUAAAUGUAACUCCAUUUACAGUUCAGGUAACCUCAUGAUUACAGCAUCUGGCAAGUUUAUGCAAAGAAUAGAUUGCAUUAAAUCCUGUGGUUGAGGUUUGAUGGUUGAUGAAAUGAGAACAGUCAAUUCUGUGAGCAUUAAAUUGGUAUUACUAAUUUUCAUUUUCAUGAUUGUUUUCUUGCAACGUUUCUAAGAGUAUAAGCAAGUGUUUUUCAAACUUGGCAACGUUGGAAAUGUGUGGACUUCAACUCCCAGAAUUCCCCAGGUAGUUAAAGUCCAC